AUGGAUGAUGGAUAUAGAAACACAAACCUCUAUCAAGGAGGCAGGCAGGCAAACCAAGAUGACUACAGGUACCAGGAUGGUAACUAUGAAGGAUAUGCACCCAAUGAUGGCUACAACCGUGGUGGGGAUGAGCCUGCUCAAGAAGAAGAUGCCCAGAGUGAUGUUACAGAAGGCCAUGAUGAAGAUGAUGAGGUCUAUGAGGGGGAGUACCAAGGGAUCCCACACCCAGAUGACAUUAAAGAAAAGCAGAAGAAACGAGCUCCUGCCGUGGAUGAUGAGUACAGAGACCGUGCUGACCUUAUGGCAGAGAGGAUGGAGGAUGAGGAGCAACUGGCCCACCAGUAUGAGAACAUCAUUGAGGAGUGUGGCCAUGGACGCUUCCAGUGGACCCUCUUCUUUGUUCUAGGGUUGGCACUGAUGGCAGAUGGGGUGGAGGUGUUUGUGGUUGGAUUUGUUCUUCCCAGUGCUGAGAAGGAUAUGUGCUUAUCCAGUUCCAACAAAGGGAUGCUAG